UCUUUUUCACAGCAAACAAGAAUGCGUCGCCAGCACAGAAUCCUUCCAAUCCUGUUCCUUCUCCUGGCUAUCUAUCAGGUCCUGGGCCAGGAUUGUUGGCCCUCAAGUGAAAAAAGGUGCGUGCCGCAUCAUAAGUGCCAGGUUGGAGUACAAUUUCGAGCCUUUACUACUGGAAAUAAUGGGUGCCCUGCCCCGGAAACUUGCUGUCAAAAUAUACAUAUACUUAAUGACGUGUUGGAUAUAAACGUCGAAGAGACGGUUAAUCCCGAAUGCGGACGACCCAACAUCAGAGGCGUAUCCUUCGAAGUGCCGAACAUGGAUGGCUUUGCCCAGGAGUUCGAGUUUCCAUGGAUGGUGGCCUUGCUCGAUACAAGAGGUAAUUACUUGGGUGGUGGCGCCAUUAUCUCUCCCGAGCUGGUCAUCACAGCCAAACACGUACUCGACAACCUAACCGAAGACCAGCUUAUUGUUCGCGCUGGCGAAUGGGACUUAAAAACCAACUCCGAGCAAUUUCCACAUGUUGAUGCUGGAAUCCGGUCGAUCGUUCGUCAUCCUGGCUUCAACAAAAACAACGGGGCCAAUAACGUGGCUCUCUUGUUCCUUCGGACUCCGCUAAAAUUUACCCAACACAUUAAGCCAAUCUGCCUGCCGCCGGAUAAUAGGAACUUCGAUUACUCGCGCUGCAUCUUCAGUGGCUGGGGUAAGAAGUCCUUUAACGACUACUCAUACAUGAACGUCUUGAAGAAGGUGGAGUUACCAAUUGUCAGGAACAAUGUGUGCGAGUAUAAACUUCGUCAAUUCUACGGAAACACAUUCCAGCUCGACAACAGCCUCUUGUGCGCAGGCGGGGAGCUUGGAAAGGACUCUUGCAAGGGCGAUGGUGGCUCUCCGCUGGCUUGUCCCCUGCGAGAAAAUCCCCAAAGGUAUGAGCUGGCCGGCAUUGUAAACUUUGGCGUUGAGUGCGGAAUGCAGGACGUCCCGGCGGUUUAUACCAAUGUGGAAAAAUUUCGUAAUUGGAUUAUCGAUGAGACUAGCAAAAAUGUUAAAGGGGACGAACCCGAACCAGAAAGUGAACCUGAAAACAUACCACCACCUUUUCCUUCUACUAAUUCAAACCGAAACAGACCUGUUCAAGCCACAGAUUUUGGCUGGGUUGCAAAUGAACAGCAAAAUACACCACCACCUAUUUAUUCAGGGGUUCCUGCUUCUUCAAACACAAACAGAUCUCCUGGUUUGGCUUUCCCGGGACAACCAACCUUAACGCAAAACCCGAGAUAUCCACCUAGUGUUCCCAACAGACCUCCUGUUCAAGUCGCAGAUUUUGGCUGGGUUGCAAAUGAACAGCAAAAUACACCACCAUCUAUUUAUUCAGGGGUUCCUGCUUCUUCAAACACAAACAGAUCUCCUGGUUUGGCUUUCCCGGGACAACGAACCUCACCGCAAUACCCGAGAUAUCCACCUAGUGUUCCCCACUCAACGAGACCUCCUGUUCAAGUCGCAGAUUUUGGCUGGAAUGCAGAUGAACAGCAAAGUACUGAAAGGAACAGUAGACCCCCACCAAGGACCAGCACUCAGAAACCGAAAUAUGAGAACGGAAAUGGCAACACCGAUGACGAUUUUUCAGCUGUAUUUUCAACUGAGCGCAGCUUCGACUUAGAGUUAAAUUGAAUAAAUAAUAAUAAAUAAUAAUAAAGUUUCACCAGCA